AUGUUUAAGUUGGUGGUAAGAGUAGUGGUGAGGAAGGCCAAAAUUGGGAUACACCUUGGACGUCGUAGAAGUAUUUGUAUCCUAGUUCUAGCUACAUUUCUGUUGGUGUGGUACUCGUGUGGGUGGCUGAUCACAAUCACCAGCAAGGCGCUGCUGCCCCCACCACCACCAGACCAGAACCUGGACCACUUCCGGAGGAACAGGAGUUUGGCACACUAUAUGGAUAAUAUCCAGGUCCUCAUUGAACCAUCGACAACACCAUGUGCCGGUGCCGAAGAAGUUCCAGUCCUAAUUCUGGUGUCGAGUGCACCUCUUAACUACGAGAACCGGCAGGCAGUGAGGACGACUUGGGGCAAACACCAGCCAACAUACUUCGUGAUGGGCCUGAAUAGCAACGACGUGGAUGAACAGUUGGUAGACAACUACGUAGAAUCCAAACAGUAUGGAGAUCUGGUGCUCUUCGAGCUCCACGAUCACUACCAGAACCUGACCCUGAAGAGUGCCCUCAUGAUACAAUGGGCUUUGAGGAACUGUCCUCAGGCAGAAUUUAUGUUUAAGACUGAUGAUGAUGUACUAGUUAAUCCUUGGACUUUGAAACUGGUGUUAAAGGAGAAUCCUGAUGCGGCGCUUUUGGGUUAUAAAAUAGAGGACACAUUAGUCCAUCGCGACGAGUAUACCAAGUGGUUUAUGCCGCGCUGGUUGUUUAAUACGGACGUGGUUCCUCAAUACCUUUCUGGGACUGGAUAUCUAAUAAAUGGUGUGAACUUAGAAAACAUCUUAAAAAAAGCUUAUAAAGUGCCAUUAGUUAAUUUAGAAGAUGUUUACUUCACAUAUCUAGUCGCUCAUAGAACUUUAAGCCUACCUCUUACCCAUGACCGAAGACUCAGCCCACACAAGCCGUGGCUUCCUCUAGCCUGUGCCUAUUGGACUCUAGCCUCAAUGCACAGUUUGAGCCCUGACGAAAUGGCAACAGCGUGGUCAAAGAUAGAAAAUAUAGCUGAUCUAGAUGCAUCAUGUAGCUUUUUUAAAUCAUAUUUAGAAAGUGAUUUUUUAUUGUAUUGA